GCAACUUAUAUUCACAGAGAUGGAUUCAGCUUUUAUAAACUGGCAGGACUCAAACCUCUACAUCGCUGGUGCAUGUAUUCUGUUUAAUCCUAUAUUUUGGAAUAUAGUAGCUAGAUAUGAAUUUCGCUCUCAAUUUCUAAGUAGAUCCUGUGGUUCUCCAUUUAAGGGAUGUAUUUUAUUAGGAAUAACUAUUAUAUUACUAGGAAUAUUCAGGGAUUUCAGGUAUCAAGUGGCGAUAGAUCACCAGCCUAAAUUAAAUUUACUUGACACACCUUGGAUGAAAUUACUAGCAAUUAUGUUUAUCACAGCUGGUGUAAUCUUCAUCUUCAGUAGUUACUGGGCACUUGGUUUUACAGGCACAUUUUUAGGUGAUUACUUUGGUAUUUUAAUGAAAGAAAGAGUUACAUGUUUUCCAUUUAAUGUAACUGAUAAUCCUAUGUAUUGGGGGUCUGUGUUAAACUUCUUAGGAGUCGCUCUAUGGAAUGUGAGCCCAGCUGGCUUUCUGUUAACAGCACUUGUAGCAGGUUGUUACAAGUUCGCAUUAUUUUUUGAAGAACCAUUCACUGCAGAAAUUUACCAAAGAAGAGGAGAAAAUAAAAAGAAAUAGUGACAUUUGAUAUAUAAUAUAAAACUGUAUGGUAAAAUCAAAAUAUUUUGUUAUUUUUAUUUUCAGCAAAAAGAAAUAAUGAGUACUUAUUAAAUGGAAUUGGAAUUAAAAUGAAACAAAGUAACUUAUUUUAUAAAUGGG